AUGCCCAAGUCGAAGCGCUCCAAAGUCGUCCACCUGUCCAAGACGGACAAGAAGGGCAAGGAGCUCUCGCAGAAGCUCUUUGCUAAUGUCCAGGAAGCUGCCGACAAUUUCCAGUACAUCUUCGUCUUCGCCGUGGAGAACAUGCGCAAUUCCUACCUGAAGGAAGUGCGCGCCGAGUUCUCGGACAGCCGAUUCUUCUUUGGCAAGACCAAGGUUAUGGCGAAAGCGCUCGGGCAGACGCCCGCCGAGGAGCACCUCACGAAUCUUUCGAAAUUGGCGCCCUACCUUGUCGGCAACGUCGGCCUUUUCUUCACCAAUCGUGAGCCCUCAGAGGUUCUCGAAUACUUCUCCGCCUACUCGCAGACCGACUUUGCGCGCGCCGGGGUCACAGCCACUCAGACCUUCACGGUACCUGCGGGAGUCGUAUACUCAACAGGAGGACAACAGCCGGCAGAGGACGACGUAGCAUUACCUCACAGCCAAGAGACGACAGUUAGAAAAUGGGGCAUGCCUACGAAGCUGGACAAGGGCAAGGUCAUUCUUGGUGAGCCCUAUACCGUGUGCAAAGAGGGUCAGGUGCUGAACAGCCAUCAAACGGCGCUAUUGAAGCUGUUUGGCGUCGCGAUGGCGGACUUCAGGAUUGACUUGAAGGCGUACUACUCGACGGCCAAGGAAGCUGUGACGGAGGUAAAUGCUAUGGAGAAGUAG